GUCAGACUACAGCGAGACAGAAGGAAUCCUAGACUAGAAGCGGUGAACAGAGAGAGAGCGCGCAGCACACUUUACCUGGACUACAUUACCUAAGAGAAACUUUACCCGACAUGGUGACGAUCAGCCUCCCAGCAGCUCUAUUGACUGUCUUCUUUCUCUCCACACACUCGGCCUCAGGCUCCUAUCCCCGAGCACAGAAUGUCACUUGGAAAUCCACCAAUUUUAAAACUAUUUUGAGCUGGGAGCCCAAACCAUCAGCUGAUUACUCCUACACAGUGGAGUUCUCUGCGGUUGGUGCUGACAAACAGAGGAACCCUCACUGUAUCCGGUCCAGCGUGACAGUAUGUGAUUUGUCCAUCUCUCUAACUGACCUGAAUGCCAUCUACACAGCUGAUGUCCUGUCUGAACCCCCACUGGAGGCCACCUCGGGUCUCAUCGAGUUCCCUCACACCAGCUCGCCACGAUUCUGCCCCUACAAAGACACUGAUAUCGGCAGACCAGACUUCAAGCUGAAAGUAAGCGAAGACAAAAAGAAGACCACCCUAUAUGUGACUGACCCACUCACUGCCCUGUUUAAGGAUGACCGCCAGCUGAACAUCAGGGAUAUCUUCUCUCAUCAGCUGCAGUAUAAAGUCACCUAUCGGAAAAAUAAGAGCACUGGCAAGAAAGUGUACAUCUCUCAGACCAAUGUAAUAGAGCUGACUGAUCUGGACCGAGGGGAGAGCUACUGCUUCAACAUCCAGGCCUAUAUUCCCAGCCGCAUCCAAAAUCAGCUGGGAGACCUGAGCCAGACCCAGUGCUCCAACAACGACAACCAGUCCAUCUUUGAAGUGUAUUCAGUGGGUGUGAUUGGUGCAGCCAUCUUCCUCAUCCUGCUGCUGAUUGGCCUCAUCAUCGCGGUCACAGUGGUCUGCUGCAAGCGCAGAAAGAAGGCUCUGAAAAGCGAAAAAGAAGGAGUGCCACUCCGGGAUGUAUAGAGUGUGUGUUCUAUCACACACACGCGCACACCCACACACGCGCACACCCACACACACACACACAAAUACACUGUGGUAACAUGCGGUACAGCUGAACCGAUCUAGUGCAACAUUCCGCUGUCAAACACUGGAAUCAAUCCUUCCUUUAGUUUCUGUGAAACUGCCUCUGAUUAUGUUAGACAUAUUUAAUGCUUUUAUCAUUUCAUGCUGUUUGAACAUUCCUACUGUAAGCUACACACUAGUCUGAGACUGUAAUUUUCCAUUUCUUUCUUUUAUAUUUGGUGAGUGGUACUGUGUGAGAUGACUGUAGAUUAGGACUACCAACUGAUUUUAUUUAUUUCAUUUAAUAUCACAUUGGAUUUUUGGGAGACUAGUGAAAUCAAGACCUAGUAUAUAGUAUUUUUGUAUCUGCUGCUUAAUUUAUUGUGUUUAAUUCAAAUUAACAUAUUUGUAUAUGAUGCAAUUAUUUGCUCUUUUAUACUUCAGGUUGUUGCAGAUCAUUUUUAUCAUGUGGUGAGGUGUUGAAGAGGUAAUAAAUAUUUUACAGAACAAGA